CGAGGCCCGUAGAAGAAACUGUGGCCCCACUAAACCGGUCUUAGAGUUGUCUUCAGGUCACAACAGACGGAUGGUACCGCACUCUUGUGGAGUGUCAGAAGAAAAGUCACCAACUCUCUCAGUGAUCGCACCCCUGCGUGCUCUGCUGCUGAAGGAGACGACCAGCCUCCCAGAAGACUCCAAAGUUGUUAAGGAUAUGAAGAAUGAGAUCAAGAAAAACCUGAGCACAAGGUAUGUGAACCAGACGGCCAUGCUGCAUGCCGCCUCAGCUGUUGAUCCACGCUUCAAAGCCCUGCCAUUUCUGGGUGAGGAGGAGCGAGAGCACACCUUCUCCAGGCUCCAGGCUGAGGCGGUGGGUGGGAUGGGGGAAGAAGCAUCUAAUCAAGAUGAAGUUGAUGAAAUGGAGGAAGAGGAGGAAAACAACCCCCCUGCACCUAACCCCAAGCAAUCCAGUGCUUUGGAGUCUCUCCUUGGGGAAGCCUACAUACCUAGAGAGGAGAGGGGACAUGCAAAGAAAACUCUUGCAGAGGUGGCAGAAGAUGAGAUCAAGAGGUACAGGGCGAGGAGACCUGCAGGACUGCAGGACAAUCCUCUGCUCUGGUGGAGAGAGAAUGAAAAAGAGUAUCCUCGUUUGGCUCGCAUGGCUAAGCGAUAUCUCUGUGUCCCUGGGACCAGCGUCGCGUCUGAGAGGGUUUUUUCAACUGCAGGUGUAGGGAUGGGUACCGAAUUCGGUACUUUUUAAGGUACCGACCGAAUUCCAUAGUACCGACCGAGCACCAAUUCACGUCAUUUCAAACGGUGCCUCGUUUCGGUACCCGUCCUUCAUAACGAGAACUUGCCUAGACAGCUGUGCAUGCACAAGAGCGUUAUGUCGGUCGCUGUGAGCGAGAUGUAAACAGAGCAGCAUGGUAGAAAGAACGCACGCUAACGCUUGGGUCCACUUCACUAAAUGUGAUGGGUAACUGGGUGAUGAUGAAACCAGCGACAACGAUCUAAGUGAGACAUCCUCAUCUUAAUCUGCUCCGGUAGGUAAAUAAAAUUAGCUUGAUAUGUUAGCUUCCGUUUCACUAAUGGUGCGUUCGCUUUCUCCUCGGAACUCCGAAUUUCCGACUGGAAGAACAUGAACGCGCUCUAAAGUUUGGCUUCACUUUACUAAAUGCGACGGGUGAUUGGGUGAAGAUGAAACCAGCGACAACGAUCUAAGUGUGAGGCAUCAUCGUUUUAAUCUGCUCCAGCAGUUAAAUAAACUGUUUAAGAUAACGUUAGCUUGAUAUGUUAGCUUCCAUUGCUACCAUUGUUGUCAUCUAAUGGUGCGUUCGCUUUCUCCUCGGAAAUUCUAACUUCCCAGUAGGAAAAAUCAAAUGAAAAAAGACGGCAAAAGGAAUGAAGAUACACAGUAAAUUUAGUUCACAGUAAAGAUGUUUGCUUCAGUUUAAUUAUCAGCUUAUAAAACUACAAGGACAAUGUUAAAAUACAAACAGUUGUAUGUUAUUUAUCGUGAUAUUUAUCAAAUAUGGUUAUAUAUUGAGAAAAAAUAUAUAUUUAAUUAUAAAAGAGAAUUAAAAUAAUAAACACUAGAAAGUAUCGAAAAUUGGUACCGUUAAGUACCGGUAUCGAUUCGUAGGUACCGGGAAUUAGUACCGGAUCGAUUCAAAUGUCAAAGGUACCCAUACCUAUGCAGGUGAUAUAGUCACUGCAAAAAGAAGCUGUCUCACCCCUGGUCAUGUGAAUCAGCUACUUCUCCUGCAGAAGAAUCUUACCGUUCCCAAGUGAUGUUCAUAAGAGGACAGUUUACACAGUCUGUCUUUAGUCAAGUUUAAGUUCCUGUUCAGUGUUGUUGGUACAUUAAUAUGGAAUGCCUUUCAGUUUUUACUUUUCACAAGUUUACAUUUUUGUACUUAAAGGGCAUUUGAAUGUUUCUGGAUACUUGAAGUGUUUAAGUUUUUGCACAAGACUGUGAAACAGUUGUUUAAAAUUCUGUACCUUUUAAUUUCUAUUUGCAUAAAGUAAAACGAAAGCUGUUAAUUUUAAGCUUUCUGCUUCUGUUUACAUUGGCACUGGCAAAUAAUAUAUUUUUUCAUAUGGUUAAACUUAUCUGAAUAAAAAUGGUAUUUGCUUUCAAUAGCCAAUAUUUCAUUAAUUUAUCAUUGAAUGUCAAUAUUAUCAAUAUACUGCACACCUGUGCAGUCAUGGAAUUAAGGUAACUGCAAAAAUGUUUUUAAAUUGAUGACCUGAAUUGAAUCGAUAUCGGAUCGGAAUCGAUCGGAUUACAUAGUGAUAAUCAAUUCUAAAUCUCAAGAAUCGGAAUCGAAUCGAUUCUGGAAAUUUGAAUCGAUACCCAGCACUAGUGAGACACAGGAACUAGCGCCCUCUUUAGUUCUGGAAAGUGAUGACACCUUUUCUAUAUAUGGUAUGGUGGUGCCGAGCGCCCCGCCCCCGUCACGGCGUCCACUUUGUUUGGAAUGAGAGGAGCUGAUCCAUGUUCCGGGGCUCAGGCCGCUAGCGGGGCUUCGGGGCUGUGAGGCUGGGUCGGCAGAGAGGAGCAGGAAGUGGGAGCUGAGUGGGAGGAGGGACGGAGGGAGCUAGCCGCCGAGUAGCAACGGCUAGUGACGGAGUGAUGAGUGACUGGAACGGGAAGAAGAAGAGAACUGGAGAAGCUGGGGCCUCGAGGAGUUGACCUGGAAACUGACUUGAAUAACUGGUCAGGAGCUCCUGGCACCAGGGAUCGAUGAGCGAGCUUCUGAAUGGGCACGGGGGCCGAUGUAUCUGCUGACGUUGUUUGAUGGGUAGGGGGGUGGGGUGCCAUUCUGGCCACUAGGCUAGAACAGAACACAAUUAAACUACAAUCAAAACAGUUUAGAUGAAAAGCCAUUUUAAAUAUUUAUAAAUUAAGAUACAAUAAUAUUUGAACUUUAGUUUGGAGCAUCUGGCCCUCACAGUGUCUGCUGGGAAAAACUCCCGCACUUGAACUAAUUUAGUUUCUGAACGGAAAGCCACUGACUGCCAGCGUUUUUGAGUGUUUUUACUGUUUUUUGCAGAGUCACAGAACAUUGUACUCCUUGAUCAUGUAAAUGCCAUAACUACCAACAGAAAGAGUAGACUCACUUCUCACUGAGGUAGAAUGAGUGUUUUUCUAGUGUUAUCUGUUCUUUCACAAUCUGUUGUUGAAAUGUGAGCUGCAGAAGCAUUUCCGGUUAGCCCCUUGCUUUUUUCAGUUCAUUCUCAAGGUGCAGGGGCUCGUUGUGACGCCCACCCUGUAAAAAAUGCAUUUGACGACUUUGAGGAUGCAUUGACUCCCAGACGGUUCCAUGUUCUUCACCGGGUGACCGUACCAACCAAGCUGUUUGGUCAAAAAGAAAUGUGUUAGAGUGAAGCAGCAUGUAGACUCAUGCAAGAAAGCCCAGAAAGAACUAAAAUCAUUUAGUUGUGAUGACUGUGGAGAAACAUUUAGGGAACCAUCGGGUUUAAACAGUCACAUGAGUGUCCACACAGGACAGAAGCCUUUUGCCUGUGAGCUCGGUGGACAAAGAUUCAGCCAAAAGCAGUAACAUUAAGCUGCUUUCACAUCAGGCCAGCUCUACCCCACCCAGGUGUAAAAUAAAAUUUUCACAUCUGGGUAGCCAUCUUCUCAAGGUGGUCCACUUCAGACUGAAUUGACCCAACACACUCACUGCCAACUAAUUGGCUGGCUCAAAUUCCCACCUGCCUCUGAUUGGUGGUCAGAAUCAACCAAGCAGGAGCUUAAACUGAUAAACAUUGCCUCUGACUGAUGCUGUCUGUCUUCUUCUGUCUCUCUCACUGAGAUGUGCUUUGUGACACAAACACACACACAGGCUUGAGCUGUCCCGUGGGAGGACACAGCAGAGCAGGAUACAAUAUCAGCGUCAGUCUCCAAAAGACACGCGUGCGUCUCUUGCACUUGCACGCUUUAGUUUAACUUAACUCGUCCGCUGCCAGCUUUUUUCAGCGUUUUUACUGUUUUAGGAUGAUGCCGACGCCAAAACAACCAAAACAAAGCGGAGACUCGCCUCUUAAUCAGGAAGAAUCCGCGUGUUUCGAGCAUUAUCCAUUCUUUCAUAAUCCGUUGUUGAAUUGUGAUCGGCAGAAGCUUUUCCGGUUCGCGCCUCACUUUUUUUACAGCAGCGGCCCAAAACGAUCUCCUAACACACGGAUGUUCUGCUUCCUGGUCACGUGACGUGUGACGUAUGUGGAUGAACAUCGGCUUUAGAGCUGAGAUGUUUGUUCUCACGGGGCGGGGGCUCGUCCGACGCCCAAACAGUGAAUGGUUGGAUUUAAAAUGAUGACUUGUCAUUAAUGGCAGUGAAUGAGUUAAGGGAGACAGACUCCAUGGACACCUCUUUGCAUUUUUUGCCCCUCCCACGUGCUCAGAGAUUUCCUUGUUAAAAUCACUUCAAUUCCUUUAGAUGGUCCGGUCCGACGGCACCCAGCCCAGACAGGACCGGGCCAUGCCAGAUGUGGAAGCAGCGCUUGAGUACCAAAAUGGACCCUUGCAGUUUUACAUCCCAGAUGUCAAUAUUGUCUUAACUGUCCUUUACCCUAAAUUAUUGUUUUCUAAACUUUUGUACGACAAGUAAGGCGUCCUUUCCUACUGGAGACCAGUGUUCAACAUAAAACCCAAAGGGUUUUGAGUGAAGGCAAAUAGACUUCUUUGGUUUCUUGAAGACGCUUUGCUUUUCAUCUGAGGAGCUUUGUCAAUUCUGACUGGAAUGUAGAAGGGGGUCCCCUUCAAGCCUAGUCUGUUCUUGUCAGCUCCUCACGGGAGAGACACACAUUGAGAGACGCUUUGCCCUCAGACUUGUCCGUCUCCCGGGGAGUGUUACAAAGCAAUUCCCCGCCAGCAGUAGCACUGUUCUGUGGUAUCCUGUCAUGUAUCCCAUAAUGAGAGCCUAACAACUCCCGAUGACUCCUCGGAGUAGGGAAGAGGGGUAUUCAUAGGUAGUUUCAGCUCGUUAGGCAACAAUAGACAGCUACAGUGUAUACGCUUGAUCCUCCCAUAUUCCAGUCAGAACUGACAAAGCUCCGCUUCGGAUUACCAUGACCUGGAUAACAAGAACCUUAACAAAUAUAAUAAAAACACAAGUAAUGUGGUGUACUGCAUUUUCCUGAUAUUUGUGUACAUAUACUAUAUGCUGUUGUGUAUACGGUGUCUUGUCUUAUUUCUUUUUUGCAAACUUGGUGAGAUUAUUACUCUUGCGGAGUCCUGAGCUGUGGUAACACACACAUUUCCCCACUGUGGGAUCAAUAAAGUCUUAUCUUAAUAUACA